AUGGCGGCAUCUGCAUGCAAAUAUUCUGUUGGUUUUUUCUCUAAGAAACAGGCAUCCGAGGCAUAUUUGCAACGCGAAAUGAAGCACAGCGGAAUAGGCGACUGUCCAGAACAUCAUGGCGACUCUUACCACAGUAAGAAGUCGUCACGAUUAGUUCAGACAACGUGUGAAACCAAAGACAAAAGCAUCUUGAAGAAACAGGAGCUGUACACAGCGUCGGUGUUGAUAUUUGCUAAAUCAUGUGCUGACGCCAUUACAAAGGCAGCAGCAAUACCUCGUCAAGUUGAGGAUAUCACGCUGCCUAUAGUAUCGAUGUCCUUGACGGUUUCAUUCUAUCUCGUUUAUGCUCUUGUUAUUGACUAUAAGCCUCGAUCGCGCAUGUAUCAAUGUAAAGCUGAUGCAGCUGUCGGAAUCAUAAAAUCAGUGACGCAAUCUCCUGAGAUUGACCCCUACGUUGGCCAAGACGAAACUCCGUUGACUGCUGUUUCAGAUAGAAACAUCCCUUGUUGUCAGAAAGUACCAGCCAGACAAGGUAACAUCAAUUAUGCUGGACAUAAGUAUGAAGUUGUCAAAAAUGGUGUUAUGUACAUAUCCAAUAUUGAUCCACGUUUCGAGAAGAAGGGGGAUGAUGAUAGCUAUUCAAAUGGUCGUAACGAUAGACGGCUGGCAAUUAGAGUGCCACACAGAGAAAAGGUGAAAUCAGAAGGAAAACCUAAACUUCGAGACUCUCAACUCAAUUCGAGUGGUGCAACUUGUGACUCCAACAGACUAGUACAAGCUGCAAGUGAGCAAGAGGCAGUCAAAGAAACAGAAAGUACACACUCGCAUGUGAGUAGUACUGGUAGAACUGCAGACAAAACGAAGGGUUUGUCAGAUGCUCAACUAAGCAUGGCACCAUCAGGCUGUACGACUGCGGUCUCAUUGGAUUCAACUACAUACAGUGCGGAUACGAACCAAUCAGAACCAACUGUUGACAGUAAUAAACUAAACAGAAGUUCUACCUUAUGUGCAUCUGGUUUAGUGUCUAAAGGUAAAGCAAUGAGAUCGGCUGAUCUUCGAGAAGCGUAUUACUCACAAGCCGAUGAAGAGAGGCCCAUUGUUUCUCACUCUGAGUCUCAGCAGGAAAGAAGCGUAGAUCGCCAGAAUGAAACGGCGCAGUGUCACUCCUCGAGUUGUAGUAGUAGUGUUUCUAAGAUGUGCUUGGAUGUGACAGAAAUACGGCAAUUUACAUAUGCUGCAAUACGAAUUGCCACUGAUGACUUUAAUGCAACAUUAUGGAAAGAUGGCGGUCGAAGACUUGGACAGGGUAGUUUCGGAGUAGUCUACUAUGGUUUAUUUGACUCAGAGAAAGAGAGUGAACAGCCACUGGAAUUUGCUGUUAAACGGUUGAAACAGGCUGAUAAUGGUAAACAAGAACGAAAUCAAGGUUUAUUCAAGAAGCAAUUUUCAAAUGAAAUUCAAGCUCUGUGUAGAAUACGCCAUCACAAUAUCAUCCGACUUCACGGUUUGUGUAACGAUGGUCCAGAGUUAUGCCUUGUGUAUGAAUACGUUCCUGGUGGCACCCUGGCUCAGUGUCUACUAAAGACUAGUAGGAAGUCACCGGACGGGAAAGUUCGCGUUUCUAUUGCUGAUGGUUUAGCUCGAGGUCUUAAGUAUCUCCACACAAGAUGUACACCACCAUUGAUCCACAGAGACAUCAAAAGUUCGAACAUUCUUCUCUGCAAUGACUGGACUCCGAAGUUGGCCGAUUUUGGACUUUGUCGUAGAGCAGAGAGCAUCGAGUCGGCGGUUUUCGAUGUUACUUCUGCUGUUGGUACGAGAGCGUACAUGGCGCCGGAAGCCCUCAAAGGCUACGUUUCAUCUAAAGUGGACGUGUAUUCAUAUGGAAUGAUUCUCUACGAAUUGAUGACCGGUUUGCCACCUUACUCGUCCAGCAUGAAAAUUGAUCUGGUUCUGUAUAUGCAUGACAUGGAAGCUGACGGUCAUGAUGUGACUGUGAUGGUCGAUCCCAGAACAAGAUGGUGUUCUUCUGUUGUGGAAAAGACUUUGAAAUUGGCAAGACGUUGUUCAGACUUUGACAGCUCUAAAAGACCAAGGAUGCGUGAGGUGGUACAAGAACUAGGAAGAUAUUCUAACUUUUGGUAAAAAUAUAUACUUGUGCUAUAAUUUGUGAGAAAUUUCUAUUUACCAGUAGAAAGUAUCUCUUGCUUAUAUCAAGCUAUUUGUCUACUAGUCUGGUAGUGCAAA